GUCACCGACUUCUGCCUGAUGCACACGUCAAGAUCUUCGAGAAGGCCUGGAACACAGCACUAACCAACCAUGUUUUCCCCUCAGACGCUCCGCCUCUGUUCUGUGAUUGGUUUCGAUCUGUCCACGAAUUUGCUGGCCCUCGGUACGCCUCGGGCAUCGCCGAACCCUCAACAUGGGACAAGUUGAUCCAUAACGCUGUUGACUACUGGCGAUGUCGAGCAUGCAUGCUGGCGAAAGAGGGUGAUACUGCGUAUGCUACGAUUAUGACGAAUGCUCUGGAGGCGAGGUUAGUCCGUUAUGUCUGUCUGUAUGCUGACAUUGGACACGCAGCUGUUUGAGGACAAUGCCGCAUUUCGCCGUCGAUCUCAAUGCAAAGUGUACAAGCACGCCAAGCAGAAUGCUGAUUCGACCUCUCUCUGGCCGAGCACUGGGCCCAAUAUGACGGAAGGCACACUUGCGCUCUGUGAAGCUGCCAGCACGUCUUUCAAGGAACAUGUCCUCUCAGAUGUCCCUACCGCUUCUUCCUCCACAGCCUCGCCCGUUUUCCGUUCCUUCAACGACGACGGACAAUUCAGCACAUGGUCACAGAGCGGUGCACCAGCGCCACCCUUCCCGCUCACGCUCCCGCAUGCUGAAGGUAUUCCCUUGAAGCGUAUUUCUGUCGUUCAUCCCCUAUCUCACCAACUGUACCCAGCAACGAACUCGUCUCCUCCUGCAGGAUAUCAUGAGAGGCAAUCGGUCAAUGGUUGGGUGUUGGCUCUAAAGUAAUUGACG